GGGCGGUACCGCAAUGGCGGUCUCCUCUACUUUCUGGUUUCAAGGACUGAAAGCCAUUGGGGCUUCUUCUAGGACGUUGUUGGGACCGCAAAGAAAUGUCAAAGCCAUCUUAGAUAACAGUGGCUCGGCCUCGAGUUCUUUGGUGGCAGAUACAUUGAGUUUGGUGCAUGCCUUGGAUGUCAAGCAUCCGAUUGCUGGGCUACUAACAGACGUAUGUGAAGGUCAGCAGAAGGUGUGUGGAAAUGGAUGCGCAACUCUGGUAAAUAUGGCAACAGGAUGGAGUCGAGCUAUUCAAUCUCUGUCUGACCAAGGUAUACCAUUGCCUGUUGUACUGUGCCUCUUUGAUGAAGCUUUGUCGAUAUGUGAAGAGACUUGUGUGUUUGAAUCUCAAAGACUAGACAUUAGUGUCUCAUUUAUGUGCGACUCCAUAUCUUCAGAAAUAUGUAUAAAUACAUUAUCAACAGACCAAGUUGUUGCUUUACCAAACAAAGCACGUUCACUAGUGUCCGAGACUGUUGAGACUACAAGCAAUCAGGAAAUGAUUGAUGUAAAUGAUACUGAUUGGUUUUUUGAAGGGAGCAAUGAUCUAGAAGUAAAACUUGAUGCUACAGCUAGACAGUUUAUUUCUUCCAAUGAAUGUCUUGCUACAGUAGAGAAGUCAGUUUAUGAUGCAUUUGGUCUGACAGAGAUGCAAAGUUAUGUCAACUCCGAUAUGAAGCCUAAAAAUUCAACAGGAUUGGCAAUUACUCCUCAAGCCUGUUUGAUAUCAACACUAAAGGAGGACACAUUUGUUAGUAGCAAUUACUCUUCAACAGCUGUCACUACUGAAGACAGGUGCCAUGAAGUUGACGAUGAUUUUUCAUUUGAGGAACUUCCACAACAUGACUGCAUUAUGACAUCUACUGCAGCUGAGCAUCUUUGUCGAGUAGAAAUGUGUAGAACAGAACUCAAACAAGUAGUAACAGCUGAUAGCAACCAUUUGUUCAAAACGAAGACAGCGAAUUGUAGCUCAAGACUGUCUUCAUUACUGAACUCAAGGAAAUUGUUAUCGAAACCAUUAAAACGUAUCAUAAAAGGUAGCAGACACAUAACCAGGCAUGAUGCAAAGCAUUUGGAUCAAGACAGUGCACCGGUAGUAAAAGCAGGGAGCAGAGAGCAACACUUAUCUGCAGAGAUUAAAUCUAAUGUUUGUUUUCCUGGAGGACUGCAGUGUAACAACAAGGACAAAACGGUCAUAGUAGAUAGCUGGAUGGCAUUGAAACAACUGUGUUUAGGUUUAGCUCAUGGAAUGGACUUUGAAAUGUCGCUGGUGGAAGAAAUCCUUCAUCUACAAAGUAGAAAAUCAUCACAUCCCAAGCUGGACGUGUCACUUGUGUUUGCUCAAUGUAUGAUUGGUCCCAACAAAUGUCAUUCACAGUUGGUGAAGGGUGUAGUAGUGGAAACAGAUCUAAGUCCAGAAAUAUUGCAAGCACAUGGUCGGACACUUUCUAUUCUUGUAGUUGUUGGAGACGUUUCACCACAUUUUAAACAUUUUGGGUAUAAAUCUAAUCCAAACAUCUAUCAAGUUGUGAAGUCGAGAAGCGAAGAUGGGGCUGUUGCUACCGACAGACACAUGUGGCUGGAAAAAUUGGAAAAUGCAUUGAAAUCGACCAAUGUCGGUGUGGUGGUUGUUCAGGGUCAUGUUGAUGUGGCUGCUGCUGAUGCUUGCUGUAGAUUGGGUGUAGUCAUUGUGAGUGGUGUCGACUCCAGACAGCUGACAGCGCUGUGUGACCUAACAGGAGCAAGCAGACUCACUUACCUUCACAUGGCAAAACAAGAACAUGUUGGCAAGUUUGUCGAGGUUAGUGUGUGUGGUGGAGAAAGUCGGUUUGCAUCAAGUCCAUUGCCUAGAAACAAGACCCGUAUCCUUCGGAGACCAACGUGUUUAACUGGGAAAUGUUAUGUGAUUAUGCAUCCUGUAAAGAGAAUGACCAGCACCGUUUGUCCCACUGGAGACGGAAGAAAUUUGUGUGCGACCACUGCCCUAAUCUGUGCUCCUUCGAUCGAUCUCGCUAACAUGUGGGAAACGAAUUUUUGGAAAUGUGUCCAUCGGAUCGACAAUUGUCUCUCAGACUCUCGCCUUCUACCGGGAGGUGGGCGAAUCGAGUUGGCAUGUAGUCGGAAACUGCGACACGUGUCACGUGAUGCUCCUAUUACACAUAGAAGUUGCAAUUAUCCGUGGGUGGACAGUCACGUGCGUGCUUUCAUCUUCGAGUUUCAAUCUGUGGCUAUUCUGGAAUUUGCGUUUGCACUGGAAAUGUAUGUUGCUCAGACGGCCGUUAAUACCGGAAAGUAUGACAAUGUGUAUGCUGCUCUUGCUUCUAUUCGAGACGAUACAUUCCAUGUCGAUCCUACCCAGACUGUGUAUGAUGACUUUCGUGCCAAAUUGGAGGCUUGGAAAAGAGCCGGAAAUCUAGUGAAGGUGCUAGCUCAAACGAUAUCAUCAUCUACAUAUUAAAGAAUGUGGGGAAGUUAACAAGGUAACCAAGUUCAGCAGGAUAUCACUUACUCUAACACUUCCUCUUGCAUUGGUACAAUCAGCAUAUUGUUUCAACAUGGAUGUAGUGAUACAUGGUAUGCAAACGUAUUACUGCAUCCAGAAAGUGCUGUGACUGGUUAUGAGUUGGGUUACAACUUACAAGACAUGAUGUCAUCGUUCUCUGUGUUUUGUUUGAUUGCAUAGAACACGGAUUUCCAUCUCAAAGCGCGGGUCACAUUACAAAUGAGUCGGUAUUUGCUUUCUGUCAUAGUCAUCUUCCGCAUUCAACAUAAUUGAGGUGUUGCCAUUGAACACUUAGCUCACGUUUAUUAUUGACCAUGUUGGGGUCGGCUGGGUAGGCAGGUACUAUUUUAGUGGUUACACUUCACGGAUUUAGUUCAUUUGCCUGCUUGACACGUCGACAGCCGCUAGAAAGUUUGAGUCGUCUUCAUCAACGCGUCAAAACGGUGCUACUAGCUUGCUCAUCUUCAUUUUUCUUUUUACUGCGAAAAGGUGAGCAGAGGUGAGAGCAGGAAGGGUACCGCGUUAGGGCAAUUGGUGCUGCAAAUUUUACUUUACGAAUUUUUGCUAGGAAUUAUAGUGCAUUUGUGUAGUGAACAUAGAGAUUUAGUUAGUCGCUAGGAUUAACUAAAUGAGUCUGUGGUGAACUUGGCAAAUUUUCAAAGGGCGUAUAGUGGUUCAAGGUGCGAUUUUCCUGGUGGCAUUUAAUGGUGUCGCGUCUCAUUACAUGUUGUUUGACGUUCUCAUCCGCUUUUUGUAGGUUUUUAAUUCACUGCACGUUUGUGUCAACGUUCAACGCUCGAUAUGAUGUCAGACGGUCACUGCCGAAUGCUCACUCGUUUCGUCGCUGCGUUCGUCUUCCUAACUCUGCAACAGAAUAACAUUGGUAUAGAAGGUACUAGCACUGGUAACAGUACUAGUGCUUGCCGUGCAGUACGAGAUCAUCCCGAGGGAGACUUGAUGAUUGAAGUAAGUGGCUGCACUCCGGUGUGGUUGAAUGUGAGGGUGUGCCAGGGAGACUGUCACAGCUCUGCGACCUCUCGGUUUCCGCCUGGAGGUCAGGAAACUCACCAUUCUUGCAGUAGGUGCGUUCCUACUGAAACUGUGCUGGAACCCGUGAUCUUGGAUUGUGGUUCUUCUGGGAGUCUCAUCAAACUGGUUCGGGCGCACUCAGUAUGUGAGUGCCGCUACAGCACUAAAUACAGCAGCUGUGUGUGAUGCCAAUUUGACACGGACGGGUAGAGACAUGUAGUAAAACAUUACGGUUAGUGUUGCAUAGAGUAUAGUUGUGAUAGAUAACUAGAUGCGUUCUGCAGCUUUCACGUGAUCUCGCAUGAAAAUACUUGUAGCAAAGUUGGUGUACUAACCCUAUUGUAAUAUUACCUGCAGGUAUUGACAAUAUAAUAUUUCAC